AUGGCCCAACUCAACUACCGCACAAUCAACAUCGACGUCCUGGACCCCGAGUCCUCGAUCAACUUUCCCAUGGAGACUCUCCUCCCACCCACUCUCCCCGCCCCAACGACCUCCGGCGCCGCCGCCUCCGUCGUAAACCAGGUGCGCCAGCUCCUCCGCAGCGGCGACAACGAGGGAGCUCUGCGGUACGUGCUCGAGACGGCGCCGCUGGGCGGCGAUGACCGCGCAAAGGGGGUGCAUUUGGCCGCUGUCGUGGAGGUCUUGCAGGGUAUUCGUCAGGGAGAGAUGAGUCACGUGCUGGAGUCUGUGUGUACCGGUGAGGGUGGGUCGGAGAGAGCGGAUUGUUUGAUGAAGUAUUUGUACAAGGGCAUGGCUGCGCCAGCUCCCAGUAGCGCGGCACAGUCGCCUCGCAUGUCGCCGCAGAGUACGGGAUUCUCGCAGAUUCAGGCCCGCAAUCUGGGUGAGGGAGGUGGUGGACAGCAGAUGAGUGUGUUGUUGAACUGGCAUGAGAAGUUGGUGGAGGUUGCGGGGACGGGGUCGAUUGUUAGGGUCAUGACGGAUCGGAGGACUGUUUAA